AUGUUUUUUUUUUUCUCUUUCUCUCUCUUGUCAUUCAUUCCUUAUUUUAUACGUUUUUAUCCGAAUUUCAUUUUCUCUUUUAAUUUUCUUUCUUUUUUUUCGUUCUUAGAAUUUUUAUUCUCUUUAUUUAUCUUCGGUAUUCGCUUUUCUAAUCUCUUCUUAUUCUUUCUUUUAUUUUUUGUCUUUCUUUCAUUCUUUCUUUCUUUUCUUUUUCUUUCCUUGUUUAUCGUUGUGACUCUUUCUUUCUUUCUUUCUUUCUUUCUUUCUUUCUUUAGCGUCGUUACUAUUUCUUUCUUUUGCUUUGUUAAUCUUUCUUUCGUUCUUUCUUUCUUUAGCGUUGUUACUCUUUCUUUCUCUAUCAUUGUUACUCUUUCUUUUUUAGCCUUGUUACUCUUUCUUUUUCGUUCUUUCUUUUUGUUUUCUCUUUCUUUUUUUCUUUAUCAUUGUAACUCUUUCUUCCUUUCCCUAGCGUUGUUAUUCUUUCUUUCUUUAGCGUUGUUAUUUUUUCUUUCUUCCUUUAUGUUUUUCUUUCCUUCCUUUCUUCCAUUUUUAUUUUCCAUUCUUUUUUUUCCUCUUUUUUUCCCUCCUCCUUCUUCUUUUGCCACUUAUUUAUUCUUCUUCCUCUCUUUGGACAUAGUGCUAUUUUCUUUUAUUAUAGAAACACCGCUAUCUAUUCUUUUUUGUCUUCUUUCUUUCUUUGAUUCUUUUUCGUUCUGUCUUUCUUUAUUUCUUUCUGAAAAUUGUUGUUUUAUUUUCGGGUUAUCUGUCCGGCUUUUGUCAUGA